UGUAUAUUAUGUCUAUGCUUUUAACCAUAGACACUCGUUUCAUGAACCGGAACUUCCUACACUACUGUCAACUCGACUGUUAUUUUUGGAAAGGCGGCGGGAAGAAUUUAAACUGCUACAUACUAACAUUGACUGCUGUCAGAGUGGGGGGCGUUUUGCCCUCUAUGGUUUCCCCCCAUAGCCUACGAUGUCAGCUGUAACCUCGUCGCCGCGUGGCAGAGUUUUAGUUGGCUAUAUCUUACCACCGAGGGAAGAGGCGCAAAGAAACCAAGAUGAGGGCUCGGACUCUGAAGAUGACGAGGAGGAGGAAGACCCAGAGUUUCUGGACAUGGUUGAAAUGGAAAGUUUGUCUGCUGGAGGGCGCAUGUUUCAGUCAUCAGUGUCACCACGACUAGAGGUUGACUUCCAGAUCUUGGGCUCCACUCAGACUCUGCGGCUCGAGGGCCGAUUCCCGCUCACAAACCCCUGGUGGCAGAUCACCUGUCGCGUGGGGCAUCUGAGGAACGGCCGGGCGGUCGUCCAGGGCUUCCCUUCGUAUGCCCUUCGCAGUGACCUGAAGGGUGAAGCCAGCCGCUUCGUCGCGUCCCUGUUUCUGAAAGCAUGCGGUGUGUCCCCAGAGCACAGAACGCAGUUCAUGAAUUGGCUGCCAGAGGACACAGAGGUUGGGCUCCAUACCCUGCCUGAACUCCUGGAGGAGUUUGAGGAUGUGGAGCAAUGCAAGACAGCUGCAGACCACAUGAAGAAACUGGUAUCCAAAUCAGUUGCAGGUGUGUGUGUGCGCGUGGCCACCCGGUACCCGCAGGUCAUGAUGCACCUGCCCACUCUGCUGCCCCGCCAGUUCAAGGAGCUCCUGGGGAUGGGCAAGAAGAAGGACCAUGACGCCCUGCAGGACAGUGCUGAGGCGGGGCAGGCAGAGGACCUGCUGGACCGUCUGGAAGUGAUCAUCAAGACACAAGUGUGGAAGCUGGGCUUCAGCUAUGUGAGCCUCGUCUGGGGCCUUGCGGCCCCUGUUCGGGGCAUUCCGGAGCUGCAGCGGCACGCGCUGCAGGUGUACGCUCAGCUCAAGCACCAGUGCCAGCUGUCCGGGAGCACCUACGUGGAACUGCGCGGCCUGGAGGAGCUCCUCUGCUCCGAGCUGUCCGAGCUGUCCGUGUGGGCGGCCGUGCGUUUCAUGAAGGAGCAGGGCGUGGUCGUGCUGGAGCGCCAGAGGGUAGCGCUGCGGAACCUGCACACCUACGAGACAGGCAUCAGCGAGCGGCUGGCGCGGUUGACGGGCGGCGCGGACGAGGGGGUGCCGAAGCCCUGGCGCAUCGACUUGGACGUCCGGCGGGUGCUGAGGGAGGCCCAGGAGGAGAGGCAGAGGGCACGGGCCGAGGCAGGUCGAAACACACCUGACGAGCAGACCAACGGGGCAGGUGCCCCGGCGCACGAUGUGGAGGCGAUAUCGGAAACAUCCCAAGAUGCAACAGGGGUCGCCAGGGACAGACCAAGCGAUGACCUGAUGUGUGGCCAUGGGGAGAGGUCCACUACACAAGCCAUCCACUCAAAUGGAGGCUCGUCAUGGGACGACUUGAACUUUGACCUUAAACUCUCCAUCCCAAGGCAGGAGGUUCCUCCCAGUCCUGAGGAACCGAACCGCGACCCGCCCGUGGAGAUCGAACUGGACCCGGACCAGGUGCGGGCUGCCCAGAUGAUCUGCUCCAACCCGGUGACGGUGAUCAGCGGCAAGGGUGGCUGCGGCAAGACCACGGUGGUCAGCCUGGUGUUCAAAGCCGCCAUGCAGCAGCGCGACCGCGACAUGGAGGAGGUCCUCAAGGCCUGCGAGGACUUCCAAAAAGACUCUGGCCCCUCACUACCCGAGGACGAGGCCGCCACCCAGGUGGGUGAGGAGAGCAAACAGGAAGAGGAAAAGAAGAAGAAAGAGGAGGAGGAGGAGGAGGAGGAGAAGCUGCAGGUGCUGCUGACCGCACCCACGGGCAGAGCAGCUGGACUGCUGACCAAGAGGACGGGCUUCACUGCGUACACCAUGCACCAGGUGCUGUUUAGCUAUAUGAACUGGACGAGGGUGAAGGACAGGGCUAAGAACAAGGGCCAGGAGAAGGGGGAGGUGUCGCGGUGGAAGUUCCGGCGGGUACGGGCGCUGGUGGUGGACGAGGGCAGUCUGGUGUCGGUGCAGAUCCUCCACUCACUGCUGGCCAUCCUCACAAGUGAGGCCCAGCUGCAGAAGUUCGUCCUGCUCGGUGAUGUGCGUCAGCUGCCCAGCAUUGAGCCUGGAAACGCACUGUAUGACCUGUUCCACAGCCUGCACAGAGUCCACUGGUCCAUUGAGAUGAGAACCAACCACCGGGCCGAGUCGAAGCUGAUAGUGGAAAACGCUGGACAUAUUGCAGACAUGGGUCAGAAGCGAACGUACUACCCUCUGAACUUUGAUGCCGUAGUGGAUAUGAAUUGUUCCCCUGAAGUGCCUGGCGAUGACAGGAGGUUCAUCUACGUGCGGGUGUCUCAGGACGACCUUGCUCUACACGAUGCAAUUUCACUUUUGCUUCGACGAGCUGCUGGACUUCAAGACCAUAAAAUCUCCCAGUUCAUCGCUUUCAGGAGGGCCGACUGUGCUCUGAUCAAUGAGCUUUGUUGCCAGCAUUAUGGGAGGCAUGCAACCAAAAACCACAAGAACAAGAUGGACUUCCGUAUUGGGGACAAAAUCUGCUGCACGAGGAACAACUAUAUCACUGACUGGAGCCAUGAGCGUGGGCAGCAGCCAGCGUUGCCGCCACCGACCACGGAGCAGCAGCUGGCUCUCGCCGCGCCAACUCAGCCGGGCGGCUGCCCUCUCCCCUCUGACCCUCUGGAAAGCACCAGCGACAAGCUGACUCAGCAGACCGGAAGGAGGAAGGAGGUGGAAGAGAAGGAACCAGUGAAGGAACGCCUGUGCAAUGGAGAGAUCUUCUACAUCACAGAGGAUGUGACGGUGGAGGAGGGUGGCCGGCGGAGGAGGCGGUACUUGACGCUGGAUGAUGGGCAGGGGAGGGUGCUGUGUGUUCUCUUCAGGGAGCUGCAAAAACUGUGCAGGAUACAGCAUGCCUGGGCACGGACCAUACACACCUUCCAGGGUUCCGAGGCGGAGACCAUUGUGUACGUGGUUGGCAGUGGAGUGGCUCAGGACUGGAGGCAUGUUUACACGGCAGUCACGCGGGGCCAGAAGCGCGUUUAUGUCGUCUCCAAGGACGCCGACUUCGAGAAGGCCAUCAGAGGACACGUGAGAAAGAGCAACACCAGACUCGGCCAGCUGGUCAGAGAGCUGGUGGCCGAACAGCAGUCAGGACAGGAGGAUCCGUUGAAUCAGUCCAGCUUCACGCAGCCCUGCGCGGGCACCCCCUCUAGGCAAGCCCCAGGCUUUGGGCCUCCUCAGGCCUCCCAAGUGCCAAACCAGACCCCAGGACCCUCCUCAACAUGUAAAGACCUCCAGGAGGAGGAUGCCUGUCUGCAGGAUGAUCUCAAUUUCAGUCAGGCGUAUAACUGGUGCUCACCUAUGGAGUGUGCCGAAAACCACGCCAACGUGCCGUGUGCACCUCCUGCCAUGUCGGCUGUUGCCAAGGAGGAGAACCCUUGGAAGGUGCUCAGUGAUCCACCACAAAGUCCGCUCGGCAUCAAACGAGCCAGUGGCUAUCAGGGCUGGAACACUCCUCUUAAACAGCCCAGGGCGGCGUCUGCAGACAGCCCUACUGUUGCCUCGAGUCUCGGACUGCUCACGCUAAGCUCCCCCAACCCUGCUGCCCCUGUGGUGAAACACCUCUUCCCUAGAGAGGCCGGAGAGAACAAGAUCACACUCAGUCCAGUCAUUAAAUUCAGGGCCAGAGUAGGGCUGUUAGAGAGGUUUGCUGCUGUGGACUCAAGAAGGAUGGAGGGGGGUGGAGAUGCAGGAGACAGGCCCAGCAGUGGCCACCCUCGGGAGGCUUCUCCUUUCAGGAGAGCCCCAGGCUCUGUGUCGGGCCAGGAGACAUCCAACUCCCAGGUGCCUCUUGCCAUGGUAAAAUACCCAGAAUUAUCCACCGGACCGUGUGAGGACACAUUAACCGCAAGUGAGACUUGCCUACAGGAAGAUCUCGCUUUCACACAGGAAUAUAGCUGGCCACCUAUGAGCGGUGAUGAUGACACAUCAGCAGUGCCUCAUGGGAGUCCUGCGGAAGUUGAGCUCUCCCAAGAGACAGAUUUUUUACAGAAAGCGUUCGGCUUAAAAUGAAGAGGUCCUGUCCACUGCACAGAGACCUGUAGAAGGACAGGCAUCAUCUCCAAGUGUCCAGUCUUUUGGUCAGAUGUUGUCAUCUCGGCACUCCCCCAGCCAUUGAUACCAGACAUUUCCCUGACCAUGACUGGAUCUGUGUGGUGACUGUCCAAAGUGUCUUCCUCUCAUCUGAGUAACACUAAAGGAUGUCCAGCAUUAGCAAUGCCACUCGGUGUCACUCAUGAAGGGUGAUUCUCAGAUGUUCAUCAUAAGUUAAUCAUGAAUUAGUGGUUCUCCAAAGAAUUUUGUAAAACAAAAAAAGCAGUACACAUUUUCGUUUCUGAGGUUCCAGAUUCUACAAUUAAUACAUGUAAUUGAUAGUUAAGUAGAGAUGGCCUCACAGAUUUUCAUCCUGUAUUUUAAGGAUACACUUUUUUUUCUUUCUUUUUUUUGUAUUAAUUAACUAGUUUGUUUCCACUGUGAAUUUAUUCUGAGUAAAGGUUUGGAAUAUUCUCUUUUACAAGUUGACAUUUAGCAUUUUUACAUUUACAGUUAUUCAUUUGGCAGAGGCAUUUAUCCAAAGUGACUUACAGCAAUAGCAUAACAUGUAAGCUAUUAACAAUUAAGCUACAGAGCUACAGCAAUAAAAUAAGAUAUAGUAUAAGUGUAUAUAUAUUCUUUUGAUCCCAUGAGGGAAAUUUGGUCUCUGCAUUUAUCC